CAGUUGCUGUAACUACUUCCGGUGGCAACUACAGCGAAGGAGAAAUCGUCAAUUUGGGGUGGGUUGUUGUUGCGCUCCUAGGUUUUUAACAUUGAUAUUAAGCUAAAAAAUAAUUCAAAUUGCAUCUUCCUGCAAAGUUUGCGAAAUAUCGUUGGACCCUGGGAUGUGUAACUAGCCAGCUAAAUUCGCUACAUAAUUCAUUAGCUAGCUAACAUUAGCUACAAUUGCUAGCUCUAGUACACCGUUUAGAGCUGGUAGAAUGGUGGAGGAGGAAGACGAAGCAGUUUAUGACGAGGAUUUGGAUGACGGGGCGGGUGGAGCCGAUGGGAGCCACGGCAAGAGAAAAAAGUUGUUCUCUAAAGAGCUUCGGUGUAUGAUGUAUGGGUUUGGAGACGACCAGAAUCCCUACACUGAAUCAGUGGACAUCCUGGAGGACCUUGUGAUCGAGUUCGUCACGGAGAUGACACACACAGCCAUGUCCAUCGGACGCCAGGGCCGUGUCCAGGUGGAGGACAUUGUUUUCCUCAUCCGGAAAGAUCCAAGGAAAUUUGCUAGAGUGAAAGACCUCUUGACGAUGAACGAGGAGUUGAAGAGAGCCCGCAAGGCCUUUGAUGAAGCAAACUAUGGUUCUUAGAUCCUGUGGUUGUAGAGGGAUAUGUGCUUCAACUUGAACAUUUUUAUCUUUCGCUUUGUCCAUGCUUUUUAUUCUGCUAUGAUUAUUUGACAUGUUUUUAUAAGGAUCUAAAGUUUAUUUUGUAGCAGAUGUGGCCAUAGAGAUAAUUUUAAUUGACCAUCCACUUGUGACUUCAGAUAUGUUUGUGCUCAUGUCAAAUGCCAAUGCCUUCUAUACAUAUCUUUAUCAAAAUCGUCUGUUUCGUGUGACUUUCCAGCAGACUAGAUGCUAUGUUGCUGCCUUUCACAGUUUGGAAAGUGGAUUGCACAUUUGUUCACAAAUAAUUUCUCAAAAUCUAAUAGCAUAGACACAUCUAAUAGGGUGGCAGGUAGCUGAGCUUUUGACUGUUUCGAAAGGUUGCUGUUUAGAAUUCCCAAGCUGACACUGAAAAAUGUGUCUGUGCCCUUGAGCAAAGCGCUUAACCCUAAUUUGUUCCAGGUGCUGCGUACUACUAUGGCUGACCCUGUAAAACAACACAUUUCACUGCACCUAUCUGGUGUAUGUGACAACUUUUUUUAUACUAGAAAGUUUUUUAUACUCAAUGUUUUAUUUGUUAAUGUCUGCAGAAGGAUAUUGCUUUGCCAUAUCAAUCAUAUGUCCUGUGAGGAAACUUCGCUUGCAUGUAAAGAUUGUUGUCCUGUUUAUCACUAAGGAUAGGCCUAGUGACAUAAUUGUGAAAUGGAAAUGUAUGAAUACAGUAACUCGCAGCCUUUGAAACAAUUUAUUCCGUCCUUUACUGAGAUAUUUCAGGACAUGGGCCUGGCCCUGAGGGGAGGAAAAAUGUAGACUAUCUAUAUGAAUCCAUGAAUGGGUUUUUGUUCCGGAACCAUUUCACUUGCUCCUACACCUUUAGACAGUGGAUAUAUAGCUUUAUCUUUGAGUAAAAAACUAUUCGGCCUGUUGUGUUAAAUGUUUGCAAAUCUUCUGCACAUGGACCUAAUUGUGCAUGGAAUAAAACUCACUUAAUGUUU